CAGUACAAGCUUUCCAGUUCCUCGGUUCCUUUACUCUUUUGGGAUUCUUCUUCUUCUAUCCACUUCUUUCCCUACAUACAUUUCACUAGCAAGGAUGGAGGAUGAAGACUGGGUUCUAGUGGAGCCAUCCACAGGGAAUACCAUCAAGGAACCAACCUGGAUGGACUCUGAUAGUCCUAGGCCGUUGAAGGUCACUUUUAGUGGGCCUGCCAAGUACUGGACCGACGCAAUUCCGAUCGGGAAUGGCCGACUUGGUGCCAUGAUCUGGGGUGGCGUCUCAUCGGAGAUUAUCCAGCUUAAUGAGGACACGCUAUGGACUGGAACUCCAAGCGAUUUUACUAACCCUGGUGCUCCAGAGGCAUUAUCAGAUGUUAGAAAGUUUGUUGAUGACGGCCAAUAUGCAGAAGCUACCGCUGCUGCUGCUAAGUUGCUUGGUAACCCUGCAGAUGUCUAUCAAUUACUUGGGGAUAUCAAGCUAGAGUUUGAUGAAUCUCAUCUUACAUAUGCUGAAGAAACAUAUCAUAGAGAACUAGACUUGGAUACUGCAACAGCAAAAGUGAAGUAUUCUGUGGGUGAUAUAGAAUUUACUAGGGAACAUUUUGCAUCUAAUCCUGAUCAAGUGAUUGUGCUAAAGAUUUCUGCAAGCAAAUCAGGGUCUGUAUCUUUUUUAGCGUCUCUGGAUAGCAUGUUAGAUCAUCAUUGUUACAUAAAUGCUGAAAGUCAGAUUAUAAUGGAAGGAAGUUGCCCUGGGAAAAGGAUACCGCCAAAACUGAAGGCAAGUGACAAUCCUAAGGGAAUUCAGUUUUCAGCUGUUCUUGAUUUACAAAUUAGUGAUGGCAUAGGUGUGAUACGUGUUUUGGACAACAAGACGUUGAAGGUUGAAGGUUCAGAUUGGGCUGUGUUGCUUUUAGUGGCUUCAUCUUCAUUUGAAAGCCCAUUUACUAAGCCUUCAGAUUCAGGGAAAGAUCCUACUUCUGAGUCUCUUUGUGCUUUGAAGUCAAUAACGAAUCUGUCAUAUUCUGAUCUAUAUGCACGUCAUUUAGAUGACUAUCAAAAUCUUUUUCGCCGUGUCUCGUUCCAGCUCUGGAAAAGCCCUAAUGUAAUUGUAGGAAAUGAUCUGGUGAUGAAUAAUCUUAUGCCUUCUGCAAAUACCUCAUAUGUCAAAGGGAGCAAAGAUGAUUUAAUUCCAACGGUUGAGAGGAUAAAAUCUUUUCAAUCUGAUGAGGAUCCAUCCUUAGUUGAGCUGCUAUUCCAGUUUGGCCGAUAUUUACUUAUUUCAUGCUCUCGCCCUAGAACCCAGGUGGCAAACCUGCAGGGAGUAUGGAACAAAGAUCUUCAGCCAAAAUGGGAUUCUGCUCCUCACCUGAACAUCAAUCUUGAGAUGAACUACUGGCUAUCCUUGCCUUGCAACCUUAGUGAAUGCCAGGAGCCCCUCUUUGAUUUUAUUAAGUCCCUGUCAAUUAAUGGAAGUAAAACAGCACAAGUUAACUAUGAAACAAGUGGUUGGGUUGUACAUCAUAAGUCUGACAUAUGGGCAAAAUCAUCAGCAGAUGGAACAGAUGUCCUUUCUGGAUUGUGGCCAAUGGGUGGGGCAUGGCUUUGUACCCAUUUAUGGGAGCACUAUAAUUACUCAAUGGACAAGGAUUUUCUUAGAACUGAGGCAUAUCCUCUGUUGGAAGGAUGUGCAUCGUUUUUGUUGGACUGGCUGGUUGAAGGGCAUGAAGGAUAUUUGGAAACUAAUCCGUCAACUUCUCCAGAACAUAUGUUUAUUGCUCCAGAUGGUAAGCCAGCUUGUGUGAGCUAUUCAUCAACCAUGGACAUGGCAAUCAUAAAAGAAGUGUUUUCUUCAAUUAUCUCAGCUUCUGAGAUUCUGUACAGACAGAAUGAUUUUCUUAUUCAAAAAGUGCGGGAGGCUCAACCAAGGCUUCAUCCAACAAAAAUUGCUGAAGACGGUUCUAUAAUGGAAUGGGCUCAAGAUUUUAAGGACCCAGAGAUGCACCAUCGACAUCUUUCACAUCUAUUUGGCCUGUUUCCAGGGCAUACAAUAACCGUUGACAGAAAUCCAGACCUUUGUAAAGCUGCGGAGAAUUCCCUCUAUAAACGAGGAGAGGAUGGUCCAGGUUGGUCAACUGCAUGGAAAACUGCUUUAUGGGCACAUCUGCACAACAGUGAACAUGCUUAUAGGAUGGUUAAGCAUUUGAUUAAGUUGGUGGAUCCAGAUCAUGAGGUAGCUUUUGAAGGUGGAUUAUACAGCAACUUAUUUGCAGCACACCCGCCCUUUCAGAUUGAUGCCAACUUUGGUGUUACAGCAGCAGUUGCAGAAAUGCUGAUGCAGAGUACCAUGAAGGAUUUGUACUUGCUUCCUGCACUUCCUUGGGAUAAAUGGGCAAAUGGGUGUGUGAAAGGACUAAAGGCACGCGGUGGAUUGACAGUGAGCAUAUGCUGGAAAGAAGGAGAUCUCCAUGAAGUUGGUGUUUGGACCAAGGUUGAAAGUUGCAUCCAAAGAUUGCAUUACAGAGGAAGAACAGUGAAAACAAGCAUAUCACCUGGAAUAAUUUAUACAUUUAAUGCACAGUUAAAAUGUGUGAAGGCAAGCUCUCUCUCAUAACUGGCCUUUCAAUUUUGUUGAUCUCUCAAUUGUUAGUUUCUUGAGCAAGUAUCCAAUAAAUCUUCUUGUAUAACAAGAAUUCAUACUUUUGUACGGGUGUGUUUAAUUUAAUAUGAUCUUUAAUCAUAAUAAAAAAAUUAUUUAAUUUUAA